AAACAUAAAAGAAACAUUAGUCAAUAUCUGGAAGAAAAGAGAAAAAUUAGAGUAAAGGAGGAAAGAGAAAGGCGAGAAGAUAUUAACAACGGUUUGGCUUUACUCCAAAAAGAGCUUAAACUCUCUGCCACUUACUAUAAUCGUAAAUUUAGUAAUGCUGCUUUAUUAAAAAAAGCUGUCUCUGAAAUACAAAUUAAACGAAAUGGUUUGACACAUCUUCAAGAAAAGGUUAACAGUUUACGAGCAAAAUGUAUCAAAUUUAAAACAGAAUUGGACAAUGUGAAAAUGUAA